GUACUGUGAAAAAUACUUAAUAAUUCAUUUAUAUUACUUUAUUUUUUGAACAUUACAAUAUGGCUCGCAUCGGAGAUGUUACUGCGGAUCAAUUGAUAGCCGGGACCAGUGUGUUGUCUAGACCUGCAGAAGAAUUUGAUAAUGAUCCUUCUGUAGAAGCCAUGUGGGCAAUGAAAGCUAUGGACCAUGCAGAAGUUUAUUUUAAUAUUUUAUGUUCAGUUGAUCCUAAGUUUUUGAAACUUACACCUCAUGAUGAACAAAUAUAUAAAACCUUUCGUGAUGUUUUUCCCGACUUCAAAGUAGAUAAAAUAAAUGAAGAAGAAUUAAAAUCACCUGAGGGAAAGAUGAAAUGGAGACCAUUCUGUGAACAGUUUAAGGGACUUGUUGAAGACUAUAGUUUUGGCACACUAUUAAGAGCAGACUGCGAAGGAGAUUAUUCAGAAGCAAAUAGUAUACUUACAACUAGAAUACAAUUUUACGCCAUUGAACUUGCCAGAAAUAGAGAAGGAUUUAAUGAUGGUAUUAGGCAACAGUACAAACCAAAGCAGACUACAGAGAAAUCAUAA